AUGUGGACCUCUCAUCAUCUUUAUCUCCCCACCAUCCCGAAAGCUUGGCGCUUUCCCAUUUCCUCCUGCUCCCUUCCCCUCAUUGCCUUCGCUAAGAAACUUCGUAACACCAAGUCUGUCCUCAAAAGCUGGAACCACUCCACUUUUGGCAACAUCAGUUCCCGCGUCUUCGACUGUCGGGCUAUGCUUGCCCUUAUCCAAUCUCGGCUUCAAUCAGACUCGCUCAACCCUGAGGUUGCCCUUGAGGAGAAGCAGCUUUCCGAGGAUCUCUCCUCUCUCUCUUCUCAAGAGGAAAAUUUCUUGCCUCAGAAAUCCCGCAUCAAAUGGUUAGAUGUUGGAGACUCCAAUUUGGCCUAUUUCCAUCGCUCUUUGAGAGCUAGACUAAACUCCAAUUCCAUCACCUUGCUACUUGCGCCUAUUGGGUCCCCUUUCUCCUCUGUCCCUGAAAUCAAGACUGAAGUCAUCUCCUUCUUCUCCAACGUCUUUAACCCCUCCCUCCCCCGUGGCCUAAUCGAUAAGUUUGUUCCCCCUAGUUUAGCUUAUUCCCUCCUCGCCAUCCCAUUUGAUGAGGAGAUUUCCAAGGCAUUCCUCUCCCAUAAAUCCCACAAGGCCCCCGGUCCUGAUAGAUUCAGUAUGGGGUUUUUCCUUAGCUGCUAG